UUCAGUUUGUUAAGAACACUGUUUAAUAUAAGAGAUUUCUAUCCGAUACUUUAAAAUCGGCCGCUUAUCGGCUUUGCAAACUAUAUCUUUAGCUUUUUGUAUAAGGCUUGUAACAAACAUUAAACAAUUUUGAAUGAAAGCAUAUGCCAUAUUAGCAAAUCAUUAAAACGUGACUAGGUCAUUAUAAUUAAACGAUGGAUAGUGAUAUGAUUUAUGAUUUUCCGUGUACAAGUUGCCAAGAGAAUGGAAUGAACUCGGACUCAGUGAGUUACUGCCAACAAUGUGAAAAACUGUUUUGUAAUGUCUGUAUUAAAAUGCAUGACCGUAUUCUUAAGGAACACAAGGUUCUUGACGAGAGCCUCCAACAUUUGUGGAGCAAAGAAAAAUACGACACCAUUGUCAAAGAAAAUGACGAUGGUAACGACACCGUUCGGUUUGUCCAAGACAAUAUUCCAAACGAAAGCCAACAUAAACUAUCUAAGAAAGAGAAUGACAGUACUAACAUCAACAUCGCGUCUGCGCGAGAUAAUAUUGCAGUCAACAGCCAACAGGAAUUAUUGACCCAAGGAAAUGGCCGUGGUUACACAUCUGCUCAUGGCAUAAAAACAAAGAUCACAGGGCAAGACAUCGAUCGAGACCGCAAUGAUAUUACUCAAGCAAAGGAAGUUAUCUGUGAAGUCUUCGAAAGUCCGUUUACAACGUUAUGUGGAAUAGUUGGUAAAACUACAGUGUAUUUGGACGACAUGGGCAUCCGUAUAUUUAAAUCAGACAGAAAAGCAUAUCUCGAAAUUCCUAUACAUAUGAUAAAAAACUUUGGUCGAAAAAAAACAUUCAUGUUUUAUUUUGAUGUUGGUAAAUGCUUCUGUUUCGGAGAGGGCUUUAUCAUUAUAAAGUGCUCUUCACCUGAGGAUGCGAAUUUGACAAAUUCAUACGUGAACGAAGCUAUCAGCAAACGAAAGUAGAUUUUGUAAACAAGUGUAUAACAUAGUAGAUGAACGCAUGUAAAGGUAACAAUGUAUUUGAAACGCGUUCGGGCAUAUAUGCAGGCAUACAUGCAGUUGCAUUGUGUAACAUAGACAACAUAGACAUAGAGUUUAUUUUCAAAUUUUCGACUACUGGGCUUGUCCAUGUAUUUUCAAUUGUAUUGUUCAUGAUCGUUAAAAUAGAAAUUGAAAAUAAAAAAUAAAAUGACUAAAGCAAAUUAACUCAUAAUGGUUCGAUUUACAUUGAAGUGCCUUAGAGAUUUAUAUAAGUAGUUUUAGGCUUCAAUGUGGUAAAUUAAUACAAUUACAUUCCGUGUUAUUAUUAUUUUUUUUCUAUAAAGUACAUUCGAAUACGACAUUCCGGAUUAAAACGCAGUACAUAUAUACAUUACUGGUAAAAUUACUUUAAAGACACAUGCUUGCAUAAUAAAUGCUAUUUCAAUGACGCAUACUUUUAUGUUUAAAUCAUUUUGACAUCGUGCAAUGAUACGUUAAUGAAAUCAACAGAGUGGUAUACGGCCGUGUUGCACGACAGUGGAAUACAGACUACCGUAUUUUGCGAUAUGUAUUGCGUUAUGAUGGGUAUAUAAUAAAAACAGUAACAUCCUCUUUCUUCUCUAUAGAGUGCCUUAGAAACUUAUUGUAAUAGUUUUAGCCUUCCAUAUUGUAAACAAACACUGUUAUAUGACGUCACCGGAAGCACCAACCAAGGAUGGGGAUAGCGUGAUGUAAAAAAGAAUGACUUAAUGAAAUAUGUUACAUCUUUUUAUAGGUUAAGCUGUUCUGACUGUACAAAAUGUAAAAACAUGUCGUAGCUGUUUAAUGAUUUUUAAACAAGCGAUUGGUGAUUUUUUUUACAUUUAUAACAUUGUCAUUAAAUAUAAAAAAGAAGGUUAAAUCAUUAAAAGUAACACUCUUAUUCAAAAUCAAUACAUACGCAUGUAUAACAAACAUCAAUUUUUACGAUAAACUUUAAACUACUUACUUAAAAAUGCAUUUAUGGAAAAUACCGUGUAUUUAAUAGCAGAAAGCGAAAAUAUAUUAAAUGAUUGGUGAAUGCUAAAAGAUUUUCUUUGGUUUACAAUAUCUUCACAUAAGGUAGAAAUACCGUGUUUUAUGCUUAUUUCUUUCAAAAUAAACUCGCUAUCAUUCAUAAGAACCAUUGUUUUCGACAUGGAUUCAUCCUUUUUGGAAUAUUAAAACCUAACUAUAUUAUUAAUUGUGUUAAAUCUGAUUUGGGAGUUAGAGUGCAUCUUUAAUGUUGCGUUUUAUGCGCCAUUGUUAAUUUAAUUGCGUAGGAUAAUUCUUCAAAAGCUUACGUUAUAAGUCGGUCUAUACUUGCAAAACAAUUGAGGGUGAAACUAUUAUUUUUACAUCGGUUUGACUAUGAUUCAACCGAGGAAGUAAAUAUAGUUGUUUCUGACUACACAUUUAAAUAAAUGCAGUUGCAUGUUAUUUGUUUGCUAAUUUAUGUUAUCUUUCAAACCCUUUAUGGCUAAAACGUUUUUGGAUGACUCGAAGUGUUUUGGCAUGUGACUUCAUUUUCUUCAAAUAUUUUACAUUUUCAAAUCAUUUGAAAGGAAAGAUAAGCAAAUACAUGUCGCUUUUAUUUUUAAAAAUGUUUUCUUUAUUUGUUCCCAGUUUAAGUACAAUGAUGCUUUUUAAUAUGAAACUGUAUGAUCACAAAGUUUUAAACCUUUUGUUUUGUAAGGUAGACUGUGUGUGAUGUUUAUAGUAUCAAACAAUGACUGCAUCGUAUCUUUGAAAAGUUUUUGCAUUAGGUGCUCUGAAUUGUAUUCCUCCGUCUGCAGAUAGAGUUGGGAUCUCUUAUCAUAGAAGUUCUUUGGGUUUACCUAUAAGUUUAUUAUUAUUUGAUUCAUUGUUAAGUUUCCUCAAGUUAAUGCAUACUUUGAUAAGAUUUACCUUUGGCGUUUUAUCUUUAUUUAGGAUCGUUGAGAUAAGAGUGCGGUUUGUGCACUAAAACUGGUUUAAACCAGUACAUUUUACUGACCGCUCCAAGGCGGUACCUAGCAAUCCUUGAUAACAUACCUAGUUUUUUAUAUAUAGUAUGUAUGCACUGUGAUGCUUGUGUAGUUAUAUGCUGUUCUUCAAUGUUUCUUGUUUGACAUUAUUGGUUAUAUGACUUUGGCGUUUACCCAGUUGCAUUAAACCGGGUUUAUGUUUAAACCUUUUUGCUACUGAGCUUGUUUCUGUAGCUUUUUGCAUAAAUAUUGUAUCUUCUUUUACAUUUUCGUAUAGUUUAUUCAAAUUAACCUUAGCAGCUGGAAUAUAGAAACUGUGCUUCUACUGUUCCGUGACAUACUACGAAAUC